GUCCGAGUAUCUCACACAAUAAACACGGAAGUAGGCAUGCAUCGAUUCCAUCUCGUCCCAUAUUCGCGUGAAAGAAACUCGGGAGCUGCCUGCGUGGUUGUCUUCGCUGUUUCACCGGUCGGGGGCGUCUCGAGAGCGUUGGGCACCGAUUACAGGGGGGUCGGCUGCCUGGGGAACUUGACGCGACGCAGCGCAGCACAGCACACAAAGCGACGCAACGCGGGACGGCACCGCCCAUUACCGCCCACCUUGGACAAGACCCCCCAACCUUUCCGUUUCCAUGGCAGCAUAAAUUCGUGUCGAUUGACUAUCGCACGAAGACUCACCCCAUCAACUUCCUCUGAGCAUCCGUCAGCGGCUUUUGUGUGGGCAAUCUCGUCCCUGCUGGCUGUCGGCGCGACUGACCUGCUUGAUCGACGCGACCGCGGGUGAGGUCAACGUCAUAAUCCUGGUGCAGCCCUUUGAAAAGCUGCGUCAAGCCACAAACCGCCUGCUCACACCUCAAGCACCCUCGUUCCUGCCGCUGCAGGAUUACCGAGCCUAUCUCUGACUCUGCAAUUCACCCUGUCGAGCUUGGAUCCUUGGGACAACACUUCAAAAUGCCUGCCUAUCGCAUUGAGAUCUCCCCCAACAACCGCGCUGGUUGCCAGGACACCCUUCACAAGAAGGAAGGGGUCAAGAUCAUGAAGGGCGAGCCGCGCUUCGGCAGCUGGCUCGAGAUCGGCGAUCACGGCUCUUGGAGGUGGAAGCACUGGGGCUGCGUCUCCGGCAGACAGCUCGAAAAUCUGCGCGAAGAGAUCGCUAAGGGGGACGGCUCGUAUGAUUUCGACAUGAUUGACGGCUACGAUGAGAUUAACGAUCAUCCUGAGGUCCAAGCCAAGAUCCGUACCGCUAUGAUCGAGGGCAAGAUUGCGGACGAGGACUUCAAUGGUGACCCUGAGUACAAUGUCUUGGGCCAGGCGGGAAUCCGUGCCCGUGUAACAAAGAAGAAAGCCCAGGCAGAUGAUGAGGAUGACGAGAACCCAAAUGGUGAGGCCACCCCCGCCAAGAAGCCGGCCAAGAAGCGUGGUCGCAAGAAGGCUGGUGAGGGCGAGGAAGAGGAGCAGGAGCAGGUUGAGGCUCCUCCCGCAAAGAAGGCUCGCAAGACCAAAGCGAAGAAGCCAGCCAGCGACGACGAAGAUGCCCCACCAGUCGAAGCUCCCAAGGCCAGAGGACAACGCAAGAAGGCCAAGGUUGAGCCAGAGUCUGAUGAGGAAGCCGCCGCCGAGGCUGAGACUCCCAAGAAGGGCCGUGCCAAGAAGGUCAAACCCGAGUCUGAAGUCGAUGCUGAGCCCGCCAUUGAGCAGCCCAAGAAGAAAGGCCGUGCCAAGAAGGCCAAGGUCGAGCCCGAUGAGAACGCUGUUGAGGGUUCUGAAUCCGAGCUUGAGCCCGCGGUCAAGAAGGGCGGCCGCAAGAAGAAGGCUACUGCCAACGACGAUGAUGAUGGAGCCCAAGCUCCCAAGGCGAAGCGGGGCCGACCCAAGAAGAGUGCCUGAACGGAAGAUGAGUUGUCGAUCUGAACAUGCUUGGGAUGGGGGAAUGAUCCACCCCCUGUCUACUCCUCCCGACUAUUGGUUGAUUCCUGUUUAAAAUAUCGAUACCACGGUAGGAUCCUGAGAAGAUAAGCGGAUCUUCACCCGACGUUGGCAGUCUUUGCUUUGUACGGUGACACACUUCCGGCUCCACCUUCAAGGGAGGCAGCUAGUGGUGUUACUGAGUCGUCGACCGUUGAGUGCACCAACUUCAAGGGCGGCUUCGUUUGUUUUCACGCCAGCUUCUCAAGCAAAGUAGAAAAAAGGUUGUUCGCGUUUCCGAACCGAACCCUCCCGAUCUUUUAUUGGGAAGGAACGGCUAUGCAUGAUAUCAGAGGUUGUUUUCCCUUUUGGGCGGUAUUUUUAUUGUUUUCUUAGCCAGAAGCAGGCUUUCGGGGUCCCUCUAGGGGGCCCGGCAGAGACCAAAGGCUGGCUCAGUAUUAGCCUACCGCAGUAUUCGGAAUUAAGACAAAGACAAUCCUCAAAUAA